AACCUGCCCGGAGUACCUUCUUCUUGAUAUCAGGUCCAGCCUCUUCACCAACCGAUAUCCGACAAUCCUGUGUCGCCACUGAUCAAUCCAGACGGCGCACGUGCCGUAUCCAUAGUGAUCCCGCCAAUCCUUUACGAAAUCUUCGAUCGAAAGAUCGACCGGUCUAUUGUUUACAUCAAAUACUUUAGUGAAAUUUUACAACGUUUUUCCAACGAUGAUUCGUCGCUCCCGUGCUUCUCUUAUCAAGUUCUGUCGUUGAAACACAGCGUCCUACAAAUGUACAAGAGAUUAGUGUGAUACUGAUUAGAGGUUAAGAAGAUAGAAACACAAGACAGUCGAAUGUGAGAAGAGUAUGGAGCUCUAGCUACGUCUACGUUUAGAGAAGAUUUAUACAUACCUAAUGUUUAUCGCCAUUAUUUUGGUGCGAAAGAUGUCAAACGAUUUGUAAAUCUGUGCCCUAGGACAAGUCUUACAUUAUUGUGGUCUGUUCGGGAACGAGCUCAAUAGUCAUACCAGAAACGUAACAUGCACUAUAUAUUAAUAGUAUGUGUGCAAUAACAUUAGUUAUAAUAGUAUACACAAAGUGUAUUCUAAUAUAAAAAUUUGUUUUUAACGAGAAGAUAUAGAUAUAUACAGACAAAUCAUACGAAUUUUCCUGACAUUAGUUAUUAUCUGAUAUUGAAAGUUCACUGGAUAAAACUCCAUGGGAUUAACUAGUGUUGUUAUUCCUAAAACGUAUAGUAUACAUAUGUAUAGAUAAUAUAUGUAUAAUAGGACUAUACGUAUGAUGAUAUAUACUGUUAUAAAAAUCUGUUUUCAACAAGGAGAUUUAUAGUAGAUGCAUAAUAUUAUAUGCAUAUAGAAGGAUCGUAUGAAUUUUCCUCAUAUCAAUUGCUAUUUAGUAUUGAGGAUUAACUGGAUGGGACGCGGAAACCGUAUACUUGCGGCCCGCCGGAGGUGCAUCGUGAUUAUGUGACAGUUUUGUGAACGUGAUUAAAUUGACCUCGAUACAUUGUGGACAUCCGUGCGGUGCGUUUAAUUCCGAACUGUGUUUUCGCUGCUUUCCACUCAAUUCAUCGUUUUCGAUGACACCUACGAAUUUAUAAAAGAAAAGAAAAAAACGAUGUUUCGUGUAAAACCUGAUUAGAUCUGGAAGAAAUCAUCGUUUCAAGUUGGAGGAAAAAGAAAGAGAUUAUAUCUUUUUCUUUUCUUAUCGAGAAGACGAUCGAUGGUCAGCGUGAACGGUGUGCAGCUCGCAUUUUAUCGUGGACAUCGUCGCAGUGACAGCAGGGGCUCUUUGGUGAUGUACGACAGCGCUAGCUGUUCGUACGCAGGUGCGCUCGAAUUAAAGGGAGCCUCCGGGGCCGGAGCCGCGGCCGCGGCCGCAGGAGUAACCGCGGCCGGUGUUAAGCAGGAGAAUUGGCCCUACCGUGGCCUGACCUGCGGUAGCACCUUCCAGAGGCUCAAGGAGAGCGUCGACAAAGCGAAACAGGCGCUCGCCGACCGCGGUGGAUAUCUAUCUGGUGCUUUCUCGCCGCCACCACGUGCCAAUCCAUCCGCCAUUUCACCAACCGCGUCUAUUACCGAUGCCAGCAGCUCGUACAAAGGAGGCUGGAGCCACGCCACGUCGCCAGCUCCUGGACAGGGAUACGGAAGCAGCUUAUCCAAGUCAGCACUGGACACGCACACCCACCUCAGGCAGCCUGAUCCCUAUCAAAUGUUCGGAGCGACGAGCAGUCGGCUCGCGAGCUCCGGUUCCGGUCAGAUUCAGCUCUGGCAAUUUUUACUCGAGCUACUGUCGGAUUCGAGCAACGCCGCGUGCAUUACGUGGGAAGGAACCAACGGCGAAUUUAAGUUGACUGACCCUGACGAGGUGGCGAGACGUUGGGGCGAAAGGAAGUCCAAGCCUAAUAUGAAUUAUGACAAAUUGUCGAGGGCUUUGAGGUACUACUACGACAAGAACAUCAUGACGAAGGUCCACGGGAAGAGGUACGCGUACAAGUUUGACUUCCAGGGCCUGGCGGCAGCGACGCAGCCCGCGGCUGCGGACCCAGCCGCGUAUAAAUACCAAAGCGAGUUGUUUAUGUCCGGUUACGGGCACGCAAAGUUGAACCUUAUGCCGCCACCGGCCGCCUCCGUGUCGGUCUCCGUUCCAGGCGGCCUUUUCCAAUCGGCCUCCAGCUACUGGUCCACGAGUCCGGGUGCCAACCUGUAUGCGGGACAUCACACGGCCUCUGGCCAUGUGCCGCCUCAUCUGGGCACCUAUCCGCACUACGCAUGACCCACCGCCGAGCACUGGGGCGCCCUGGGUACGCCACGUUAACAAGUUUCUACUCGAGGGAAUUUAACCGACCGCCGCCAUCGCGGUCUACGUGUGCCGUCGGUCCGUGGAUCCCGCAAAUAGACCACACCUUUUGCGAUUGCACUAUCCUGCUGUAGUGGUUGGUGAUGUCGUUCUAUCUGUCCUCUUGCAAUUCUUGUUUGUUUGAUAAAUAUUUAUAUCUUUCUUUGAUUCCAUUGAAUUCUUAAUUUUCUCAUUGUCUUUGCUUGACCAGAAAGUGGAUGAUGAAGUGAAUAGAAAAAUCUUAAAGUAUUAAUAAGAUAAAUAUUAAUUUUAUGAUUUUAUAUGACAUGUAGAUAAGACAUGUGCAACGUGCAUUAGUGAAUUGGAAAGGUAUGUAUAUGAAUAAUUAUGUUUCGGUAUCUGGGCAGAUAUCGCGUGUACAGAUAUUAGAGAAUAUUAUAUGCGUAUUAAUAUGUGCAUAAGAAUAUGUGUGUAUUUACAUAUUCAGAUAGUUUAAUUCGUGUAUGUUUUAAUACGUGAACGUUCUAGCAUCUAAUUUUCUUCUGUUUCUGCAUAUAUAAUAUCCUAAUAUAAUAUUCUAAUAUAUAUUUUAUCUUAACGCAUGUUAAUUAACAAAAUGACGCGAAUUAAACUACAAAUACGUUAAUACAUAUGGCGCAUAUAUAUUUAAAUAAACAUGGAAGGCAGACCUCUAUCGGAAAUUAGCUAUUUCAUAAUAACAAUAGAAUUUUUGCAUUGAAAAUUGGCAAUUUUCAUAGUAAAAUCAUGAGAAGAAAAUCAUGAUACAAAGUGAGAGUCGUUACAAUCUCGUAGAUUCCUUGAACACGUGUCAAGAAGCAUGUAAAACACUGUGUAUUAUAAUAUUGUCCCUUGCGUGACCACUGGACAAUGCAAAUAUUCAGUGACAUUCCCGCAAGACUGAAUGGUUUUGUUCGUGGAUUUGAUCCAUUCCUACUUGAGCGUGAUCGCUGUUCCCUGAAAAAUAGAACAACGUUGAAAUCUUUAUCUUUCGUUCUAAUCUUUCCUAAGUUUAUUGCUACUGAAAGAUAAAAUUAUAAUUUUACGCAAAACAAUGUUCGAAAGCUAUGAUUUUACUAUCAAAUAAAAUACUUGCUCGCGGUUUAAAUAAUCCACUGCAGUUGAUAUUUAAGUCAUGAAACUUUCCGUUUCAUCCGACAUCAAGGUGCACGUGGACAGAUUAAACGAUCAAACUAAUCAGCAAUAUCAUAGUCGCUGUCACGACCAGCCGAUCUGGUUCCUUAGCAGCAAACAGCGACCAAUUUAAAUUACUGACGCGAAACGGACGAUCACGCGAGACCACUCUGCCCCCAAAAGCUUUCGUUCACGACCGACGGUGCACUCGAAUUAUUGUAAGAACGUUGUACAUACAAUAUAAUGGAUUACGUAAGUACAGGGUACGUUCACAAGACGAUUCUCGUCAGUCGUUUUAUCUCGACGAUAUCCAGUACCAUCAUUGGCAGUAAAGUUUGUAUAAUACUAUGGAAAUAUAAUUUAUAUCUGAAUUACUCAAGUUUCAUUCCUAAACACAAAGAAUUUUCGUUUUCUACUAUCUAUCUAAUUUUGCUAAAAGUUAUUACGAAUAAAACAUCGUUCAAUUCCAUUGUAGAUUUUACGAGAAUUAGAAAAACAUUAGACCACUCAAAGUAUCCAUUACUUGAUAACUUACUGUUGUCAUUAUUUAAUAUUAUUUAAUAAAAUUUCCAAUUUAUUAGAAUUAUCAUUAUUUAGAAUAUAUAAUUGUGAAUUAAUAUCUGUGGAAAGAUUCUACGUUCUAUAUUCUAAAUAAUAGUAAUCGUUAGUAAUUUUUAUCAUUUGAAAUCUUAGUACGUAGUUAAUUUUCUAAUACUAAGAUCCAAAUAGGAGCUUUCCAAUGUAAUUCAAAUGAAUUGUAAUUUUUUCGCUCCAAACAUUGAAUUCUAGAAUCUUUGAUUGGUUUUCAACAAUCAUGCAUGAUAACGCCGCGAUGAACCGCGUGUCGAGAAUUAUCCUGUCCGAAAGGACGUCGCCUUGUACGCGAAUAACUAACCGGCGUUAACUUCCGCAGAGAAACGUCGGUGUUUCCGACUGGAUGGAAUCGAACAUGCGCAUUUUAACGAGGAAUAUCUCCGUACAGAUGCACGAUCGAGCAAUUUCGAGAACGGUUCGUCGAAUCAACGAUGAUGACAAUGAACCACAUGCGAGCAUCAUGAUGGUCGACGAUAAUCGAACAUCCAAAUAAGCUUGAUCGUUCUUAGUGAGAAAUGUUUACAUGUUCGAUUCGGGUCAAGAGCAAUGCGUGUAUUAUAAACUCUUUUAACUUAUUUGUUACAUAACGAAAAUGUAGAUAGAGGAACCGCAUGUCGUCGUUCAGAAGAAAAAUUCAUCGCGAGUUAUGUUGCUCGCGUUGUUGGCGCGGGUUCAAAGGACACGCCGCGUUCAUUCAGCUACCAAACACUAUACAUGUAUAUGUAUAAUAGAACUCCAUUUAUCUGAACUUCAUUUAGUCGAACGAGAUUAUAAUUAAAAUCUUCUUUGCUAUUUAAACGUGAAUUCUAAUUACUUAAGUGAGAAAAAAUAAGUUAGUAGAGAAUCAGUAAACUUCUAUCGCUUAUUGCAAUAAGAGAGAAAGAUCUAGGAUCUUAGGAGCCUACGGUUAAAUAGUCAACGAGAGUCUAAAAUUUUAUUUAAACGAUGUAGAUUUUAAAAUCAAUUUCAUCGAUAUAAACAUGAAGCUUGCUGGACAAAAGAUAUUCAAUGUCUUCCUUCUAUUUCAAUGGAAGACUCGUAUCUUUUGGAUCACAGAUCAAUAUUUUUAAAUAUUUCUUCACUGUCUUAGAUCAAACGACAUUUUCUACUCGUAGUGAUAAGUUAAUAAGUAGAGUAAACUCCUAAUCACUCUCAGGUUCAGAUAAAUAAAGUUCCAUCAUUACAAACUCUCCUUCUCGCGAUAUUUGUGCGAUCACAAUUUCACAACGAAGUACGACGCGCGUUUCAGUGCCGUGGAAAAGACUAAACCGCGAGCGACCAACGAAAUUUCUACGAGGAUCGUGUGCAACCGUGAAGUCUCAUUUCUAAUCCAGCCGGUGUAGUAGAUAUGUAUAGAAAUAUGUUUCUCUUGAUCCUAGGAUGACUCCUCUGAGAUUAUUUAUUUAUAAUGGUGAUAAUGGUAAUCACAAAUAUUUAUCAAAAUGAAUAUUUCCAAAAAAUAACAUUCUAAACAGACAUACGUCCACACAAUCCCUGUAAAAGUGAGAAGUUAAACGUUUUUCCAAGAUUUACAGAAUCAAUGCUUACGAACCAAGUACAUAACGGUUUACUCACAUAUAUUGAAAAUUCAUUUUCUCAAGGACAAGGAAUUAUUGAAAACCAAUAUUCCUAGCUUUUCCGGAGUUCAUUUUCCUCGAAAAUCUCUGCAUUACUAACGUCAAUGAUGACAUACAAUCGGUGUCGAUCUCAGAAGUGAUUCCAGAAUCGGCAUAACGUGUUGUUCUUUGCCACAAGCCAAAGCUAUUAGAGAAACCAUUAAACGAGCGACAAAUCUCGGGAGAACACAGCACAUCCAUCAAUCCAACGGAAGCUCGAGUCGCAAUUAUCGAAAUUGAUAAAGUACAACGUUGAGUCAUAUCAGAACCGAACGUACGAAAUCCCGAGCCGUGCUCACCACGUCGACUCUCACCGAUCAAUCGAGAGAUGCGGUCGCUCUAUCUAUGUACAAAAUAUAGGGGUAAGUCUCCAAGGUACGCAAAUCGUGGAUCCUUAGCCGACAAAACUAAUAAAACUGAAUAAAACGAAUAAGAUGAAUAAAUGAAAGAAAACAGGUACAACAAGGAAGGAAAAAAAAGACAAAAAUAAAUAAAAAAAGAUGGUUCCACGAAAGAGAAGAUCUGGCGGGCGGUGACUUACCCCUUACUGUGGAAAGGUGUACCUCUGUCGAAGAAGCGAGUAACUCCUUAAGUCGUAUACUGUAUCAUACCAUUCGUAAGACGUAAGCACCCAUAGAAUUACUCUAACGAUUUAGACGUAACCAAAACCUGUCGAGCGUUCCUCGGUUUCGACUAAGAGGAUCGUUCUCUCCGGGACGAGAAAACGACGCUCGCCCCGUCCUCUUCAUUUUUUCCAAAGAAACUAAAAUAAGAAAAAAAAAAAUAUAUAUAUAUAAAGUAACGAAAUGAAAUAAAACAAUGGGAAAGAGAAAAAAGAACAAAAAUAUUAAAAAGAAAGUGACUCCGUGGGACGCCGACGGGCCUCUAAUGUAGAUAGGGUGUUUUCAUGUGUAGCGUAGGCGUGUAGAGAACAUAGUCUUAGCGCGAGAAUGUACAUCAGAAUGUAUUUCGAUUGCAAUGUGUCCUCCUGUGUGACUCUAUUGUACGUGUACGUAUAUGUAUGUGUGUGCAUACCAUGCAUGUAUGCGUGGGAGAGAGAAAGAGAGAGAGAGAAAGAGAGAGGGUGAGACUGGAAAAAGGAAAAGAAGAUCGCGUACGAUACCACGGAUGAGUGAAGUAAGUAGUAGAAAGAGGAGUGGGCGUGAUUCGCACAAACUGGAACACUGGGAUGAUAAUAAUAACAAUGACGAUGGCGACGAUGACAAUGAUGGAUGAGAGAGGGCGAAGGGUGUUUGACACUAGCAUAGACCGCGUUAGGCUAGGUAGAUAAGCGACCCCUUCGAGAGGAGAAAAAAUGAGUUUCGUCAAGAAAGACAAAAAAAUAUCGUGUAAUACGGACCACGAUGUAGCAAGGUUGUGAAAAUUUGUCAAGAAUUUAAAUAAUUCUUAAUGUCAAUUCGAGGGAAGAGAAUUAAGAGAUAUAUCACACAUGGACCUGAAAUCUUAACCCAGAGCUAUAUGAAAAAAUGUUUAAUACAAAGCCAAGAUACUGUUUAAAGUACAUUAAAAUAAUAAUUUAUACUUCCACCAUAAUAAUUUAUACUUCUCUUUCUAGAUUAUCAAAAUAGUAAAAUAAUAAUUAGCUGGAAUACCGUUAAACCUGGUUCAUAUUACUCAAAUUACCUGAAUCCAAAUCACUUGAAUUGAAAUAAAUUAACUAAUCUGAACGGGGUUAUUAGUCCCGAGUCAUUUUCAUUUUAUUUUGCGUAAAUCUAAAAUAUGCAAUUAUACAAUCCUAAAUGGAUCCGUAGUCCUAGUAAAAAGAAGUCUCAUGUUGGAAGAUAAAGUGGAAGUAAACAAUAACCUCGAUAUCAAUUAUCUCGUAUAAUUAACUAUCUCCACUCAAAAUUGAAUAUUACUAAUAAAUAGCUUCAGCUUUCCAAGCUCUGCAAUUAUGCAAAGGUCCAUAAACAAAGUCAAAGUGGCAUUUCGUAUCUUCUCCUUAUAAGAUAUCAAUCAUUGCAGCUACUUGAUGAUCUUGAUUUACAACCUCGCCGUAUCAUGGCCCGUAGGUCGCGAGAAACAGUGGUAGCAGAAAGAUGGAAUCGUGGAACGGGACACAGAUGAAAGAAGAGCCGAAGCAGUGUAAGCAGAAGAAGAGCAGCAGGGGGGUGGGAAGGGGCGCUGUUGUUGUUCUUGUUGUCGUGCGCUUGUAUUAAAGUCGCCAUGUUCUAAUUAAACGUGCCGACGGGGUUGUAUCAGUCGUCGGCAAAAUCAA